AUGCAGCGUCUACUUGGUGAUUUGGCGGAGGUUGGAGGCUCGAGCGGCAAUUCUACGUUCCGGCAGCUUAUUGACCAUAAGAACCCUAGCUUGGGAACGUUCUCGCAACGGAUUUGGUGGAACAACACAUUCUGGGCUGGGCCAGGUUCUCCCAUUGUGCUUUUCACUCCUGGCGAGUCUGAUGCGACAAACUACGGCGGCUACAUCACUGAGCGGACACUCACCGGCCUCUAUGCUCGUGCCAUUGGAGGCGCCGUGGUUAUGGUUGAGCAUCGGUACUACGGCGAAUCCUCGCCUUUCCAGGUCCUUGACACGCAGAAUCUCACGUAUCUGACCCUCGAAAACUCGAUCGCCGAUCUAGUGAACAUUGCAAGGAAUGUCAAGCUCCCAUUCGACAAUAGCAGCUUGGUCAAUGCCCCUAACUCCCCGUGGAUCAAUGUCGGGGGCUCAUAUUCCGGCGCGCUAGCUGCCUGGACCGAGAAGCUGUCGCCCGGCACUUUCUGGGCCUACCAUGCAUCCAGUGCGCCGGUGCAGCUCGUUGACGACUAUUGGUCGUACUUUCUUCCCAUCCAGAAGGGCAUGCCCAAGAACUGCAGCACCGACAUUUCGCGGAUCGUCGAGCACGUCGACAAUGUACUGGAUAGCAAGAACGAGACGGCCAUUUGCGACCUGAAGAAGCGAUUUGGACUGGACGAGCUCGGGCACGCCGAUGACUUUGCUACCGCCGUUUCAAACACCGUUAGUAUGUGGCAGAGCGUGCAGUUCUUUUCCAACUACUCCGCUUUUUUCCAGAUGUGCGACAGCAUGGAAGGCGUGAGGCCUGUGCAAAUCAACGGCACGAACGUGUCCAACAGCACUGGGAAGUGGCUUAACACCACGGUCCCCGCUAUCGGUGUCGGCUUGAAGAAGGCGCUCACCAACUAUGCGUCGUGGUUCAGGAACGAAUAUGUGCCCAACGUCUGCACCGACAACGAUGGCAACCUCCAGUCGGUCAACGACUGCUUCGACACGUAUAAUACGAGCCAGGCUUUUUACGCAGACUGGACCGUUGGAAAUGGUUGGAACCGCCAGUGGAUGUGGUUUCUUUGUAAUGAGCCCUUCUCCUACUGGCAAACCGGUGCACCCAAAAACCACACCACCAUAGUGUCGCGCUACGUCAGCGUCGAGUACUACCAGCGGCAGUGCGCGCUGUCUUUCCCGACCGAAGGCAACGCCACGUACGGGUCCGCCGCCGGCAAGACGGUUGACAUGACCAACGACGUGACUCAGGGCUGGGACUUGACUAAUACAACCCGGCUUCUGUGGGUCAACGGCGAGUUUGACCCCUGGCGGUCGGCUUCCGUGUCGAGCGAGCUGCGGCCAGGCGGACCGCUCGAGAGCACGGCCGCGGCGCCCGUGUUCCUGAUGCCCGGCGCGCGUCACUGUAACGAUUUGCUCACCAAGACUGCCGACAUCAACGAGGGCGUUCGCGCAACGCAGCGAGCAGUGAUUGCGCAGAUGGAGGUGUGGGCGCAGGACUUUUACAAGGGCAAGAACUGCCAGAAGUGGAUGAUUUGCGACCGGAAUGACGGAUGGGGCUAUUGA